AUGGCGAGGCCUUCUCUCUUCUUCCUUACUUCUUCAUCAUCAUUAUCACCACCACCGCGCCGCCGCCGCCCCAAUGAAUACGUACGAGCCUUUUCCCCCCAUUUCCGCUUUUACCUUUGCGACCGCGCCGUCCCCGCUUUUCAGACUGCAGGCUCACAGCUCCGCAGAAACAACAACACCAACAAUGCCCAGCAGCAGCAGGGCGGGCCACAUCUCGUUCCUCUAGUACGGCCAGAAGGCACUCGCCUCCUCUGGGCUGACAUCUCAGGUCAGCAGCUCGCUCCGUACGCCAAAAACGCACUCCAGCGCGCUGUUCUUGCCUUGCCUGGUCGGCCCGUGACCUUUCUGAGGGAUCGGAUCCAGCUGGAGCAGGUUACGAGCAUGCGGGACUCGUACGUGAACGCCUUUCUCAUCCAGAGUCGCGGCGUGAGGAUUGAGCCCUGCUCUUCGUGCUUGCACAAGAUGUCAAGGGACCCAUCCUCGUACGCAAGUCCCUUCCCCCAUUGCAUUCGUCUUCCGGGUCACUUCGGUGGCUGCUGCGGUAAUUGCAAAUGGCCGGAUCGCGCUGCUGGGUGCUCCAAACGGGAUGAAGUCGAGAAUGUGUGGUUGCCGGCUCCCCAGCGCGUCUCGUACGCAGCCGCGCAGCCUUUGGCCCUCCCUGCCGCCGGGUCUCGAGAUGACGAUCCCAUUAUCAUCAGUGAGGAUGAGUCCUCUAUUGUGUCGGAGCUUGCUCCGUACGAUAAUGGGGAGGUUAUCCUCCCUGAUGAUAAUGGGGGUGGUGACCAGGAUCCCAAGCCCGAACCCGACGACGACGACGACAAUGAGAUGGACCUGGUCCCCGUCGUUGAUGACGGACUCGCUGGCGAUGGCACCGCCGAAGACCCUCAUCGGCUUGAUUAG